CCCGGUCCAGCAAGCCUUCGCCUGGCGAUAGCCCCGCCCACGAAGAGGAGGGGCGUCCUGGGACCCCGCCCGCCAGCGGGCGUGGCCUGCGGCGCGCGGGAAGCGGCAGGCGGUGGCAGCUCCGUGCGGACAGGUCCCUGCAGCCUCCCUUUGCCCGGCGGAGACCUGCGAGGAUGAAAGUGAUAACGUGUGAAAUCGCCUGGCACAACAAGGAGCCAGUGUACAGCUUGGACUUCCAGCAUGGGGCAGCCUGGAGGAUCCACAGGCUGGCGUCCGCGGGGGUGGACACGGCCGUCAGGAUCUGGAAGGUGGAGAAGGGGCCAGAUGGGAAAGCCAUCGUGGAAUUUCUCUCCAAUCUUGUUCGGCACACCAAAGCUGUCAAUGUUGUACGCUUUUCUCCAACUGGGGAGAUUUUAGCAUCUGGAGGUGAUGAUGCUGCCAUUCUGCUGUGGAAGAUGAAUGACAGCAAGGAGCCGGAGCAGAUCGCUUUUCAGGAUGACGAUGAGGCGCAGCUGAACAAGGAGAACUGGACCGUGGUAAAAACCUUGAGGGGCCACUUAGAAGAUGUGUAUGAUAUUUGCUGGGCAACUGAUGGUAAUUUGAUGGCCUCUGCCUCUGUGGAUAACACAGCUAUCAUAUGGGAUGUCAGUAAAGGACAGAAGAUUUCCAUUUUCAAUGAACAUAAAAGUUACGUACAAGGAGUAGCCUGGGACCCUUUGGGCCAGUACGUUGCGACCCUGAGUUGUGACAGGGUGCUGCGGGUCUACAGCGCCCAGAAGAAGCGUGUGGCUUUCAAUGUCUCAAAGAUGCUGUCUGGCCUGGGGCCUGAAGGCGAGGCCCGGAGUUUCCGCAUGUUUCACGAUGACAGCAUGAAGUCGUUCUUCCGAAGACUCAGCUUCACUCCGGAUGGUUCUUUGCUCCUCACUCCAGCUGGGUGUAUGGAAUCCGGUGAAAACGUGACAAACACGACCUACGUGUUCUCCAGAAAACAUCUGAAAAGGCCUGUCGCCCACCUUCCGUGUCCAGGGAAAGCCACACUCGCUGUCCGCUGCUGUCCUGUCUACUUCGAGUUGAGGCCGGUGGCGGAAACAGAGGAGCCCAGCCCCGAGCUGGUGAGCCUGCCCUACCGGGUGGUGUUCGCCGUGGCCUCCGAGGACUCCGUGUUGCUGUAUGACACGCAGCAGUCUUUCCCGUUCGGCUACGUGUCUAACAUCCAUUACCACACCCUGAGUGACAUUUCCUGGUCCAGCGAUGGGACCUUCCUGGCCAUCUCCUCCACGGAUGGUUACUGCUCCUUUGUGACCUUUGAGAAGGGUGAACUUGGCGUACCUUUGGAAGAGAAGCCAGUCUUGAGCAUAAGAACUCCCGAUGCUGCAAAGAAAACCAAGAACCAGACACACCAGGGAUCUUCGCCAGGAUCCAGACCCCUGGAAGGAGCCGGCCGAGCCCCAGACCCCAGCAGCCCCUCUACCACCCCCUCACCGACCACACGCUCUCCAGCCCCACCUGCCCUCAAGGACAGCCCCUCAGCCACUCCUGCUGGCAAAGGCUCCCUGCCACGGCCUGCUGAAGAGAAGACCCUGCAGCCUACUAGUCAAAACACAAAAGCUCCCCAACCCCGGAGGGUCACGUUGAACACACUGCAGUCCUGGAGCAAGACAGCCCCCCGGAGAAUAAACUUAACACCGUUAAAGGCAGACGACGGGCCAGCCCCACCACCUGCCAGCGGAGAUGCCCCCUCCACAGCUGGGGCUCAGCCAGAGAUGCCUGGAGAGCCCCGGGAUGAGUCCCCCACACUGAAAAGACCCAGAGUUGAGGAACAUGAAGGGGGUCCCCAAAGCCUGAGUCCUGAUGAGGCUACCAAGUCUGCUUGAGGCCUGCUGGGGCAUAUGUGCACAGGAGCAAGUCCCAAGAUGCUGAGGCUGCUGUCGGUGAUAUUAGCGGAAUAAAGUCCUGAACUGAUUCCCAUA